AUGAUGGAAAGAAUAAGAAAAGAGAUGAUUCUGAUGGAGAGAGGGCUGCACAGCCCCACGGCCGGCAAGCGGUUCUCCAAUUUGUCCGAUUCAGCUGGCAAUGCUGUGCUCGAGGCCCUGGAAAAUUCGCAGCACCCGGCUCGCCUCAGCCCGCGCCUGCCGUCCGCCCCCCUGCACAGCGCUCUGGGAGACCUCCCUGCCAAGGGCAAAUUCGAAAUAGACACUUUGUUCAACCUGCAGCACUCGGGCAGCGAAAGCACCGUCUCCUCCGAAAUCGCCUCCGCAGCCGAAGGCCGUAAAAAGCCGGGUCAUUAUUCAGAGGCCGCCGCCGAGGCGGACAUGAGCAGCGACGUGGAGGUGGGCUGCUCCGCGCUGCGCUCCCCUGGCGGCCUCGCCGCCGCGCCGCUCAAGGAAAACAAUGGCAAAGGGUACGCGGAGAGCGGCUCUGCCGCCGGCACCACGACGUCUGCGUCGGGCUCUGGCCUUGGCAGCCUGCAUGGAGGUGGCGGCAGCGGCGGUGGCGGGGGCGCGGCGCUGGGCGGCUCCGGCUCCGGCGCGGAUCAGGUGCGGCGCUACCGCACGGCGUUCACCCGCGAACAGAUCGCGCGCUUGGAGAAGGAAUUCUACAGGGAGAACUAUGUGUCUCGGCCCCGCCGGUGUGAGCUAGCCGCGGCGCUCAACCUGCCGGAAACCACCAUCAAGGUAUGGUUCCAGAACCGGCGCAUGAAGGACAAGCGGCAGCGCCUGGCAAUGUCGUGGCCGCACCCGGCCGACCCCAGCUUCUACACCUACAUGAUGACGCACGCGGCCGCCACCGGAAGCCUGCCCUACCCCUUCCACUCGCACGUGCCGCUGCACUACUACCCGCACGUGGGUGUCACGGCUGCGGCCGCGGCGGCCGCGGCCUCCGGCGCAGCGGCCGCGGCCUCGUCGCCCUUCGCCACGUCCAUCCGUCCGCUGGACACCUUCCGUGCCCUGUCGCACCCUUACUCGAGGCCGGAGCUGUUGUGUAGCUUCCGCCACCCGGGCCUCUACCAGACGCCAGCGGCCGCCGCGGGGCUCAACAGUGCGGCCUCCGCAGCGGCGGCUGCGGCGGCUGCGGCGGCUGCGGCCUCCUCGGCCGCGGCGGCUGGGGCGCCCCCCAGCGGCGGCUCCGCGCCCUGCUCGUGCCUCAGUUGCCACAGCAGUCAAUCCGCCGCGGCGGCCGCAGCAGCCGCCGCCGCGGCCCUGGGCUCCCGGGGCGGUGGCGGCGGCGGCGGGGGUGGAGGCGGAGGCGGCGCGGGGGCCGCUGGGGGCUCGGACUUCGGCUGCAGCGCAGCGGCGCCUCGCUCGGAGAGCGGCUUCCUGCCCUACUCAGCGGCUGUGCUUAGCAAGACCGCCGUGAGCCCGCCGGACCAGAGAGACGAGGCGCCGCUCACUAGAUAACUACGUCGCCGCCGCCAGGGGGCUGUGCCCGCCACUCUGAGCGUGCCCGGGAGUCCCCUGAGCGCCCCCCGCGCCCUCCGUGCGCCCACGUGCCCUCUGCGCUCUGCCCGCUGCUAACGCUGCCGCCAGGGGGCGCCCUGGCGCGGGAGG